GCGGCUAAGGAAAACUGGCCGCGCACAGAUGGCCAACGGCGCUGCUGACUCCGUUAUGAUGUAGUUAGCUAGCUCGCUCGCUAGUCAGCUAACGCUAACUUAUUAGCAAGCUGGAUAGCUAACGAUAUGUGGCUGUCGCUACCUCGACAGCUCUUUCUGGAAAAUAGCUAGCUAACGUUAGCCGUCCAUCCAUUGGCAUUGGCAUUGUCAAGAAAUUUAGAAAGGAAGGGAUGACACCACCCAUAUCACCGAGUGUCUUCAUAAUCGCAUUUGACUCUUAAUUGGGAUGUCUAGCAAAUUAUACUUUAAUACAACUAUUGGGAUCAACCUGGAGAUUAUUCGCUUGCUUGUUAGUUGCUAGUUGAUUCAGACAGCAGAAUAUCAAGGGUUUCUUCGAGCCAAAAUGGCCACCGCUCCAUACAACUACUCCUACAUCUUCAAAUACAUCAUCAUUGGGGACAUGGGUGUAGGAAAAUCAUGUUUGCUCCAUCAGUUCACAGAAAAAAAGUUCAUGGCGGACUGCCCCCACACGAUCGGCGUGGAGUUCGGCACCAGGAUCAUCGAGGUGAGCGGGCAGAAGAUCAAGCUGCAGAUCUGGGACACGGCGGGGCAGGAGCGCUUCCGCGCCGUCACGCGCAGCUACUACCGGGGCGCGGCCGGCGCCCUCAUGGUCUACGACAUCACCAGGAGAAGCACAUACAACCAUCUCAGCAGCUGGCUAACCGACGCCCGGAACCUCACCAACCCCAACACUGUGAUCAUUCUCAUAGGGAACAAGGCAGACCUGGAGGCCCAGCGAGACGUCACGUAUGAGGAGGCCAAGCAGUUUGCUGAAGAGAACGGCCUGUUGUUCCUUGAAGCCAGCGCAAAAACAGGCGAGAACGUGGAAGACGCCUUCCUGGAGGCGGCCAAGAAGAUCUACCAGAACAUUCAGGAUGGGAGCCUGGACCUUAACGCGGCCGAAUCGGGCGUCCAGCACAAGCCCUCCGCGCCCCAGGGGGGGCGGCUAACCAGCGAACCACAGCCCCAGAGAGAAGGCUGCGGCUGCUAAUGUCCGCCACCGCCCCUCCCCCUUCACCUUUCACCUCCGACCCCCUGGCAUCCACUACCAUCAUCUUCCUCUGCCCAGGAGUACCCUCCUCCCUCCCCUCCAUCCUGCCUGGAGGAGUUAGGGUGGGGCAUGGGGGUGAGGCUUUGCCUGGGAUGCUUGGCCUCCCUCUCUCCCUCUGCCCCCUUCACUCUGUCAUCCUCUCCUGUCCAUCAUCCCCCUCUCCCAUCCUGCUCGACCCCCCUCCCCAUUAACCCCCCCCCCCCCCACACUGGUAAUUACCGCUCCUCUCUGUAGGGUCUGCGUUCCACACAAGCAUAACCAAGCAAAUGAAUAACAGAUGAGGGUGACAUUGGAGGGAGAAAAAAAAACAAAAAAAAACAAAAGGCUUUUUUUUAUUUUCCUUUUAUAGCUGUUAUAUAUACAUAUAUAUCUAUGUCAGUUUCAUCCACAGAAUUUGACAAGCAACCCGAUGAAGUAGGUUAACGACACUCGGUUCAACUCGGAACUUCUGUAUCUUUCUGUCACACUUGCAUGGUGUAAUUUAGGAUUAUUUUAACUUAAAUUAAAAAUGAAAUGUAAAUGAUUCUACUUUGCUAUACUGUAUGACCUAGAGGGAGGACUUAGAGAGCAGGAAAUAAUGUACUUUAUAAUCCCGCAGCACCCCCUCCAUGUGUGUGUGCGCGUGCGUAUGCAAGUUUGUGCGCUUGUGAGAGUUUGUGUACAUGUGCGUGUGUUUGUCAGUUUUUGUGCGUGUGUUUCUGAGUUUGUAUGUUGGUGUGUGUUUGUGUGCGUCAGCAUUAUGUGUGUGUGGUCCACCUUUCAACUGAGACUGGCGAACCAAACGCAUCUACUCUCCCCAUUACUCUGCUGGUUAAUGUGGUUGUCCGAUGUCUGUGAGGAAACACUUUCAGUUCUAACUUUAGCCACAGGGUGGCACUGUUGCAGAGGGAGAAUCACUAAACCCCACCCUGAAAAGUCACAGUAGUUUUACUGCUCCUAUGGAGAUGGGGUGAGUCCAGACCCCAUCCAUUCCCCCAUGGACCUGUGUGGUCUUCAGGUGGCCAGGUUCGGCCAGAGCCUUCACCCUUAAAGGUUAUGAGAAACCGCUUUUCCUCUGCAUACUGUCUGCACUGAACUCUUCUCCCGCUACUCGCCUAGAAAGCCGUCUCAGACCAUAUCCUCCUUUUUGUCUUUUGGUUGUUUUGUUGCCUUACUGUUGUUGUUAUUAAUAUUAUUUCUAUAAUUAUUGAAUCUCUCUUCACAGCUUGCUCUACUCACUGAUGUUGGACAGAUUUCUGUUAAAUACACUUUGAUGUUUUACAUGAUUCCUCUACAUUUUCCUAUACUUUUUUCGACCGAUCUGGCUUGGCUUCCAUGUAAAAAAGUGUGUGUAUGUGUUUGUGUGAGAGUGUGUGUGGGGAUAAUGUUUAAAGGAGAGUUUGUAAUGCAUUUGAAGCUGUAAAUCGCCUGACUGCAAUCUUACUAGCUUGUAUAUUAACGCCAUAAAAAUGCACCCCACCAAACGAUCCGUCGAUGUGAGGUUUGUCGUGGUGGUAAUUGUACAUGUACCAUUAAAUAAAGAGAUGAACCCUCAGCAGCUUGUGAACAUGUAUGUAGUGACGGUGGCUAUUACAUGGGGAGCGCUGGACCUUUAGAAGUCUGUGCAGGUGUCGGUGUGUUGUUGGAUGCUUGUCAUUCAAGUUUGGGAAAUGUGUAAUGUCUGCUGGAUUCUAAUCAACAUUUGUCCUCAAGUUUGACUAAAUUUAAAUCUGUUUUAUUAUUUUUUUCACCAACUCAGUUUGGCAAGUUACUUUUAGUGCUUUACUGAGGCAUAGCUGUAUUUUGGUCAGUCAAUGCUUACAUUAAAAUGAAUGACUUAUGAUUGAAUCCCAGCAGUCUCUCUGAACGAAUGAAAUGGGGGGCAGUGGCGACACCCUGUGGCCAUCCAGUUGUUUAACAGUUCUUGCUUCUUAGUCAAUGCUUGUGCUUAGUUGUAAGUUAAAGUUAAGGACGUGUUGAUUGAAUCCCAGCCACAGUCUAUGAUCAAAUGGAACGGGUACCAUCUCUUUCCCCCCUCAGUGGCAACACCUGGUGGCCAUUUGGGGAAAAGUACCAGCGUUUGAUUUUAAGGAUCAGGAAAAGGGGGUGGUGCGAGGUGGCUCCCCUUUCUGUUUAGCCUGAGAAGACCCAGUCCUGUUGUCUUGCGAGGUUUAGCUUUCUCACUGAAACCCUUUGAAUGGAGAAUUUUCCUUUUGGUUAUUGUCACUGUAUUGGUGUUCCUCCUUUGGGGGAGGGCAUGUUUUCCUGUCUUAAUUUGAGCGGUUGGGGAGGGGUGCGUGGGGGAGGGGGUUUGAUGGGUGUUGGAUGGGGUCUCCCAAAAGCUGUGCUUUUACUUCCUUGCUCUCCGGGUGACCUCUGCUGGCUCCACGUGUUCGCCAGUUAAAAAGAUUAAGUAAAUAUGUAUAAAUUUUGAAGGAACUGUGCUAACAUUAAAAUGCGUUCUGCGUGUAUAUGAUUUUAAAAUGUUGACAUUUGAUUUUAAUAAUGAUGAUAAUAAAAUACUCUAGAAAGAAAAACUGGAGUAUAAAUAUUU